UCACGAAUUAGAAGUGUCAUGGGUACCUUCGUGAUGCUACCUUUUUUGUUAUAGAUUUGUUGCGCGCAAAAAAAACAUGUGUGUGCUUUUCUUGCUUGCGCUGUUUCUUUUGUCUUUCUUUUUCUAUCGUUCGUUCGGGUUCAGCCUCUCGUUGUUCCUUAUCCGGUUUCGUUCGGCGUUCGGUGAUUCUUUUUUCACGCUGAUUUCUGGAGUAAAGUGGAAGAUUAUUAUUAGAUUCAUGGGUACGUACCUCGUUGUGUUUGAGCAGCGCUCAUGGCUCACGGCUAUUCUAGAUACAAUAAGGGAGUCGCAAAAUAAAUCGACGGACCGGUUACCUAUUGCAUCAACAUCUCCUCCUCCGCUGUUCAAUAGUGAAAAAGCUUCCUUGAUAGAUUCCAGACCAAUUCAAAAAUUGCCGGUGAUGCCAGGGAUUCCAUCAAAAUUGCAGUUAGGAAAGCAUACAGGACCAUCAUCAUCCUCACACUCCCUUCCAACCCGAACACUGCCGGUAAAGCCAGAGAUUCUAUCAAAAUUGCAGUUAGGAAAGCAUACAGGACCAUCAUCAUCCUCACACUCCCUUCCAACUCGAACACUGCCGGUCACGCCAGUGACGGUAACGCCAACAAAAUUGCAAUCAGGAAAACAUACAGUACCAUCAUCAUGCUCCCCUACUCCUAUAUUUGAUCAAAACUCUUUACUUAAUUCUCCACGUCUUAUCCAAAAAUCCAUAGCAUCAAAGAAGUCACAAAAAAGAUCUUCAACAUCGCUUAGUUUUGAUCCUCCACAAAAAAAAGUUGCAUGCGUGACCAAUCCUUGUUCUCCUACUAGUAAUUCCUUAAACAAUACUGCGACCAUUUCUUCGCUCCAAGCUAAUCGAAUAGAGCGAAAGCUGGAUGUAAUAUGCGAAGCAUUACGAGAAAUAACUCCCGAAAUCCGCAUAAUAAUGAAUAGCGUUUGUGCCAAAGAGCAUACUGUGCCACAUAACUUUGACAUUGAAAAAAUAUGGAACGAAUCUUCUCUUAUUGAAUUUAACAGUCGAUUAGAAAAAGAUACGUUGUUUAUGGGCCACACAAUAACACAACUAGAAUUGAACUAA